AUAGAAUUUCAUUAAUUGUCUUAGUCCGUUUUCACAGUUCGUAGUCCACGUAAUCAGUGUGUGUUAGUCAAUAUUUCUGCUUAAAUUUUAUCUAAUUAAUUACUAUAUCUCAUAUAUAAUUAUAUUUAUUAAUUUAUCGCCAGUUAUUAUUUAUUAAACACCACAAACGUACACUUUCUUUUAUUUUUUAACGAAUUAUUUAUUGUCAAUUUAAAAUUGAAACGAAUAUGGCCAAAAUUCCUGCUGGACCUGUUGUAGAUAUCCUUGGUGAUGAAAUGACCCGCAUUAUUUGGGAUUUAAUUAAAGAUAAACUUAUACUGCCAUUCUUGGAUAUAGAAUUGCAUGUAUACGAUUUGGGAAUGGAAAAUAGAGACAAGACUGAUGAUCAAGUUACAUUGGAUUGUGCCGAAGCUAUCAAAAAAUAUAAUGUUGGUAUCAAAUGUGCUACAAUAACUCCAGAUGAAAAACGUGUGGAAGAAUUUAAUUUGAAGAAAAUGUGGAAGAGUCCCAAUGGAACCAUAAGGAAUGUCCUGGGUGGUACAGUGUUUAGAGAAGCUAUUAUUUGUAAAAAUAUUCCAAGACUUGUAACUGGAUGGGAAAAACCAAUUAUCAUUGGCCGUCAUGCACACGCUGAUCAAUAUAAAGCAACAGACUUUAUUGUACCUGGAGCUGGAAAACUUACACUUACAUGGACUUCUAACGAUGGUGGUGAUAAACUGGAACAUAUCGUCAAUGAUUUUAAGAGUGCUGGAGUAGCAUUAGGAAUGUUUAACACUGAUGUAUCUAUUAUAGAUUUUGCACAUUCAUCAUUUAAAUUUUCGUUGUCUAGAGGACUACCUAUGUAUUUAAGUACAAAAAAUACCAUAUUAAAGAAGUAUGAUGGUCGUUUCAAAGAUAUUUUCCAAGAAAUUUAUGAUACACAAUACAAAUCACUUUUUGAAGCUAAGGGCAUUUGGUAUGAACAUCGAUUAAUUGAUGACAUGGUAGCAUAUGCAAUGAAAUCAGAAGGCGGUUUUGUAUGGGCCUGUAAAAAUUACGAUGGUGAUGUUCAAUCAGAUUCAAUUGCUCAAGGUUAUGGAUCUUUAGGUCUGAUGACAUCUGUUUUAAUUUGUCCUGAUGGUAAAACAGUUGAGUCUGAAGCAGCUCAUGGUACUGUAACUAGACAUUAUAGAAUGCAUCAACAAGGUAAAGAGACUUCAACUAAUCCAAUUGCAUCAAUUUUUGCUUGGACUCGAGGAUUGUUGCAUAGAGCUGAAUUAGAUAAUAAUCAACGAUUAAAAGAUUUUGCCAACAAAUUGGAAUUGGUUUGCAUUGAAACUAUUGAGGCUGGUUUUAUGACUAAAGAUUUAGCUAUUUGUAUCAAAGGCAUGAAUAAUGUUCAAAGAUCUGAUUAUCUUAAUACUUUCGAAUUCAUUAACAAAUUGGCUGAAAAUUUAAGGAUUAAAUUAAAUUUAUGUUGCAAAUAGUAAUUAAAGAAUUUAUUUAAUCGUUAGUGUUAUGAAAUUUACACUAUUUUAUUUUUUAAAUCUUAUUUUAAUGAACAAUUCACAUCUAUUUAUUAUUUAUUAUAAUUAUUUAAUUAAUUUCCUGCUAAUAAAUAUAUUAUAUUAAGUCUUUAAAUUGAUGGUGUGGUGGAGUUAAUUUAUAUUUUUGUUAUUUUAGCCCAUUUUUUGUAAUUUUACAAUUAGGUGCAGGUUUUUAUAUUGAUUAUUGCUAUUUAUUUAUAAAGACUGAAUGUUCUUUCAAAAUAAAAAAAAAAUAUUUAUUUUUGAUCACUUAUGCUAUAUUAUUAACAUGCCUAAUAUCUGUGAAAAAAGUAUUUCUAUUAUGCUACUUGUGUUAUGUAUUUUAUGAAUUAUUGGUUAUUUUAUUAUUAAAGAAGGUAUUAGAUCUUUAA